AUGACAGUAAAUGCAGUAACACGGUUGCAAGCACGUACUGGAGUACCUACCAGAUUGACAUCGGCGAUAUCUAAAAAGGCAUCGCCCCUGAAGCAUGACAGAUACCCGCAACAGGCACGGUUACCACCUAGUCAGCAAAUUAUAAAAACCAAAUCAAUAGUAUACCCUGCACAACAACGGCAGAAGGAAUUAAAUGUCACAACUGAAGCGAAUAGUCAUCCACAGUGCACACCGAUAUAUAAUAAGCAAGCUGGCAGACAAAAGCCACGGCAAUCGCCACAGCAGCAUGACAGUACAAGACAAAGUGUAUUGGAGUCUUCUGACCGAGCAGUACAUACAGAAGCUAGUGCAAGCAUUUCUGGUAUCGGUACGUUAGCAGCUCCGUGCCCGGAAAAACGAUUCAAUUGGUGGAUCAACGAAAAAAAUACAGUACACGCCAAAGCUAAAUUGGCAGAAAGCUUUGUACAACUGCAGGGAAACUUUUCUUACGCUCGCGAGGAUGGGCUGAAGAAGUUAAAGCACGCGCUGAGUGAACCAACGGAGGUGGGUAGGAAAAUAUUGGCAUUGCAAGACUUAGACAUAUACAAUAUAGUGAAACACUUGCACGUUUCAAUAUUUGAAAGGUGGGAGAAUAGUAGAGGACUUACGCACAAGAAUUGUAGAGUGAGUGUGGCAGAGUUAGUUCUUUCCUUGAAGUUGUUGGAGGGCGCUGUAUUACUACACCCUGAGUCGAGAGAAUAUGUAAAUAUAGAGCUCAUGGCACGCUUUAUCAAAGGGAAAGAGUCCUUGCCUGGAGCCGCAAACGCACACCUACACAAGCACGGUUUGGCUGUGCUGGUUGCGACCCUGAUCAACUGCACACUUAGUCAAUUUAAGCGCUUUCAAGCGGAAGCCGGAAUUGACAGUGUAGCCACCAGUGUGGGAUACACAGGUCAAAUGGAGAGAGAAAUACGUCUGCAUGCGUGGGAGUUGAUAACGAUCAUGAACAACGAGCAAUCAGAUCUCAACACGCGCAUAGCAAUGCGGAGGAUACUGGAGAAGCGAUUUGGGAGAUCCAUGCUAGAGAGCGCGGUGCGUAAUGCACAAUUCUACACGUGACAAAGACGAAACCAUCAAUAAAUUAAGAAUGCCAUAUUGUGCCACAUGCGGCCCCUGGCAGCUAUAUUAAAUCGAGCUAAAUAUAAAGCAGUCUAAUGCUAGACUUGUUCAAAUAAUAAAC